AUGGGUGAAAAAGAGACGAACAGAAGUGAAUUGAAGCAUCCAGGGAGAAGAAAAAAGGGGGAUAUUGGAAGUAUUGGACUUGUGGACAAAAUUGUAGGGCUUUACCCCGGAGGGAGCCCUUCCAGAAAUUCUCGAAGGCCUAGGGUAAACCCAGGCCUUCGAGGGGGUUUGGAAAUAGUUUUCAACCAGCAAUAGACGCGCCUCGGUUAGAACCUCACUAGCUGCGUCAU